AUGACGCCUUCCCGGCGUUAUCCCAGAGCCAGCGACGGCAGGAGCGAGCCCGAGGCUUUGGUGUCCCCAUGGAUGUUCAAUCCUGGGAAAUCAGGUAAACCUGUGAGAUCUUUUGCGGCCGCCGUUCGAGCCGAGUCGGCUCCUACGGUCUCGGUCAGGAUGAAUCGUGGUGGAGGGUAUCGAGGCAACUACGGCACCGCUCAAGAUGGUUUUGGUGCUGGCCGGCAGGGGAGGGGGCAUGGCCGUACUACUGGCCGCAACCUCACCUGGGAACGCACCAACAGAGCACCACCGGUUCAAGAAGAAGCUAUCCAAGAAGAAGAGUAG